CAGCGGCAGCUCACGGGAAGAGGACAGCGGCAUUCCCGUUUCUGUCAGUGUUUUCUCUUUCCGUCCCGCUCGGGAGCGGAGCCCCAGUGCAGGAGGAGGCAUGGCGCAGGCACAGGGCAACACGCUGGUGAUCCGCAUCGGAAUACCGGACCUGGCACAGACGAAAUGUAUGAAGUUCGAUGUGGACGCUCCUAUCUGGUUAUCUAAGCAGCAUAUCCUGUGUACUCUGAACCACAGCCUGAAGGAUGUGCUGAACUACGGCCUCUUCCAGCCCGCUCACAAUGGAAAGGCUGGCAAGUUCCUGGAUGAAGAGAGGCAGCUGAAGGAAUACCCACUGCCUUCUGUUACACCUGUACCAUACCUGGAGUUCCGCUAUAAGAGACGUCUCUACACACAGUCCCACCUGGAUGACAAGCAGCUCUCCAAACUACACACCAAGGCGAACCUGAAGAAGUUUAUGGAGUAUGUACAGCAGAGGAACAUCGAAAAGGUGUCCAAGUUCCUGGAGAAAGGUCUGGACCCCAACUUCCACGACCCUGAAUCGGGAGAAUGUCCUCUGACCAUGGCGUCUCAGCUGGAGGGCUGUGCAGACCUCAUCAAGGUGCUGAAGAGUGGAGGAGCUCACCUGGACUUCAGGACCCGAGACGGCAUCACUGCACUGCACAAGUCUGUCCGCACCAAGAACCAUACGGCCCUCAUAACGUUGCUGGACCUGGGUGCGUCUCCUGACUAUAAGGACAGUCGGGGGUUAAGUCCGCUUUAUCACAGCUCUAUGGUAGGAGGAGACCCCUACUGCUGUGAACUUCUGCUCCACGACCACGCUCAGGUGGGCUGUGUGGACGAGAACGGUUGGCAGGAGAUACACCAGGCAUGCCGUCAUGGUCAUGUUCAGCACUUGGAGCACCUGCUGUUUUACGGAGCCGACAUGACUGCUCAGAACGCCUCUGGAAACACCGCCCUUCACGUCUGUGCCCUCUACAACCAGGAUAGCUGUACCAGAGUUCUACUGUUUCGGGGAGCGAAUAAAGAGAUCAAGAACUACAACAGCCAGACAGCCUUUCAGGUGGCCAUUAUAGCAGGAAACUUUGAUCUGGCUGAAAUCAUCAAGAUCCACAAAGUGUCAGACGUUGUGCCUUUCAGGGAGACCCCCUCCUACACCAACCGUAGACGCGUGUUGGUGGGAGGACUGCCCUCGCCCCGCUCCCUGCUGCGCUCCGCUAGCGACAACAACCUCAAUGGGGACAGCAGUCAAGGUCUGGGUCAAGGUCUGGGGCAGGGUCAUGGUCGACAGGGUCAGUCUCCUGUCCCCUCUCUGAGGAGCCUCCCUGCACUGGGACAACACCAACAACACGCCAGCCUGGGGGAGACUCGUCAUGGAGAGAUGCCAGACAGCAGUCUCCAGAGCACAGGCAGCUCUCGCUCCUCCCACUCCCGCUCUCCCUCGCUACACAGUCAUCUGCAUGAGGGCGAUCAGGGCAUCAGGAAGACACACGGACACCCUCUAGGACACGUCCCUCGAGGACGGCUCAGCCCGGGUACGGUGCAGCGGGACCCCAGUCCCCCCACCCACACCCCUCCUGCCAUUGCCGGUGCCAGCGGGCCCAAGCGGAAACUCUACAGCGCCGUACCGGGACGUACCUUCAUCGUGGUCAAACCGUACACGCCACAGGGUGAGGGAGAGAUCCAGCUGAACCGUGGAGAGAGAGUGAAAGUGUUGAGUAUAGGAGAAGGAGGUUUCUGGGAGGGCACGGUCAAAGGGAGAACAGGCUGGUUCCCUGCCGACUGUGUGGAAGAGGUUCAGAUGAGACAGUAUGACCCUCGGCUAGAGACAAGAGAGGACCGCACCAAGAGACUGUUCAGACACUACACUGUGGGAUCUUACGACAACGUCACCUCAUACAGUGAUUACAUCAUAGAGGAGAAGAAUGCUAUGCUGCAGAAGAAAGAAAACGAAGGCUUCGGCUUCGUACUGCGGGGAGCCAAAGCUGAGACGCCUAUUGAGGAGUUCACCCCAACACCUGCAUUCCCUGCCCUCCAGUACCUGGAGUCUGUUGACGUGGAGGGAGUGGCCUGGAGGGCUGGGCUUAGGACAGGAGACUUCCUCAUAGAGGUGCACGGAGUGAACGUGGUGAAGGUGGGCCAUAAGCAGGUGGUGUCGCUGAUCAGACAGGGGGGCAACAGCCUGCUGAUGAAGGUGGUCUCUGUCACACGCAAACCUGAGUCCGAGGACGUGGUCCGCAAGAAAGCUCCCCCGCCACCCAAGAGAGCCCCCAGCACCACUUUGACACUGCGCUCCAAGUCUAUGACCGCCGAACUGGAGGAACUGGCUUCCGUCCGGAGGAGGAGAGGAGAAAUGCUAGAUGAGAUGCUAGUGCCUCAGGAGCCUGUGACGUUACGUUCCCAGCCCACAGAGGCCGACUACAGAGCUGCUACUGUCAAACAGAGACCUACUGGCAGGAGAAUCACACAAUCAGAGAUCAGUUCGUUGUUUGAGAGGCAGGGCAUGGCAUUACAUGGUGGGCUCCACCCAAGGAUGGAGAGGGCUCAUAUGCAGCUGCCUAGAGGGAUGUCCAGGACCAAGUCAUUCGGUGCGACUGAGGAGGACCGUCUGUCGGUGUUGGCUGGAGAACACCGUUUCCCCCGGAGCUCCUCCAUGACGGACAGCCUCAGAGACCACUCCCACUCCCAUUCUAUCCCGCCCCCUCCCCAGACCGCACCUCCUCCUCCCCCUUCCCUCUACUACCUGGACACUGGCCCUCCUCCUGCUUUCUGCCCCCCUCCUCCCCCUGCCAGGGGUCAUGGUCAGGGUCAUGACCCUGCAGGUCGUUCCAGCUUCAAGCCCUCCUCCCUGGACCUGGACCGGCCCUACGACCCAUCGCCCCGCCAGUCCUCCCACGCCGAACGCCAGAAGAAGGCAAGGUCAAUGAUUAUUCUACAAGAUUCCUCCCACUUACCCGUGGAGCCCACCGACAUCCCCCGCCCCUCCGCAUCCGCUACACCACCAGAGCGAAUCAAACGGAAAGGCCGGGUGAUUGACAACCCGUACGCCAAUGUUGGCCAGUUUAGUUUUGGAUUGUACACACCCACCAAGCCCCAGCGCAAGAAGAGCCCUCUGGUGAAACAGCUACAGGUGGAGGACGCACAGGAGAGAGCCAGCAUCGCCUUGGCCGCUGCCCACUCCCGAGAGACCUCCCCCUCUGGCCGACACACACACACCCACGGCCACACACACACCAGCCGAGCCGACUACUACCAGCAGCAGCUGAUGGUGGAGCGCGAGCGUAUGCGUCUCCAGGGAGAGGCCUUGCUGCAGGGGAAAGGGCCGUUCGCUGUUGCUAUCGCUGGCGCCGUGAAGGACCGAGAGCGCCGACUAGAGGAGCGGAGGAAAUCCACAGUCUUCCAGUCGGUGGGGACCAUGGAGGGGGGGUCGGGGUCCGCCCCUGAGCCCCCCUCCUACACCACAUCUCGAUCCAUCGAUGAGCGCCUGCUCAGCAGAGAACUAGGCCAGCUGCCACCCCCCGCCCUGGCCCUGCGCCCCUCACCUGGCGGCACUACCUUCAUCCACCCACUCACAGGGAAGCCCCUGGACCCUAACUCACCCCUUGCUCUUGCGCUGGCCGCAAGGGAGCGGGCACUUACCUCCCAGAGCCAGUCCCCUGCCAGCAGCCCUGAGCCCAGGACUAAACAGGACAGGGCUGGUGUUGGAGGUCAGGGGGCUUCGCUUUUCAUCGAAAGCCAGACCAAAGAGGCUCAGCAUGGGGGCGGGAGGCCGGGGUCGCCCCAGGCUGGGAAGGAGGAGGAGAGGAGAACGGAAGAUAAGAAGAGUAUGUUGAUCAGUAUCAUGGACACAUCACAACAGAAGACAGCUGGACUAAUCAUGGUCCAUGCUACCAGUAACGGCCAGGCGGUGGGGCUGGGACCAGGGCUGGAGCAAACCCCCACCUCCCCAGCCACUGAGCCCAGUAAACCCUCCCUCAGUCGGGCUCUGUCGCCCAGCCCCUCUGCCUCUCAGCCCCAGGCCCAGGGCCCUUCCAGCCCAGCCCAGGCUCCCCUGGCCCAGGGCAGUUCAGAGGAAGACGUGGAGCCCUACACAGUGAGCCUACCUCCAGCCAUGCUGUCCUCCAGUGAUGAAGAGACCAGAGAGGAGCUGAAGAAGAUCGGGGUGCUCCCACCUCCAGAUGAGUUUUCCAACGGGUUCCUGACCCCCACCCAACCCCAGGGCCCUCCCCUCCAGCCUACUCCCGGAGGAGCAGUCAUCUCAGGGAAACCCUCAUACCCGGACCAGCCCCAUCCUCCAGCCCUGCUGGCUGAGUCUGGUUCAGCAGCAGACUCUGGUGUGGAGGAGGCAGACACACGCAGCUCCAGUGAGAGAGAGCGAGACCACCAUCUGGAGACCACUAGCACUGUGUCCACCGUCUCCAGCAUGUCCACUCUGUCCUCAGAGAGUGGCGAACCCGCUGACACACACACCUCCUACGCCGACGGGCAGACCUUCGUGCUCGACAAGCCGCCAGUGCCUCCCAAGCCCCGGCUCAAGUCCCACAUUGGAGGCAGUAAAGGCCCGGUCACCUUCAGGGACCCGCUGCUGAAGCAGAGCUCUGACAGCGAGCUGUUAUCCCAGCAGCAGGCGGCUGCUCUAGCCGCAGCAGCAGCGGUGGGAGGCCCCGGGAGGCCCCGCUACCUCUUCCAGAGGAGGUCCAAGCUGUGGGGGGACCAGAUGGAGGCGCGAGGACCCGGGGUGGGGUUAGGGAUGGGGAGUCUGGGGAGUCUAGGGGGGUUGGGGUUGGGGCUGGGGGGUGAGGAGGGGGGGAAACCAUCGGUGAUGGGGGAACUAAGUUCCAGAUUGCAGCAGCUGAAUAAGGAUACCAGGUCCCUGGGGGAGGAGGAGCCACUGGGGUCAUCGCUGGACCCUGGGAGGAAGUCCCCUGUGACAGGCGCCAGACUUUUCAGCAGUCUAGGAGAGCUCCACACCAUUUCCCAGAGAAGCUACGGCACCACCUACACCAUCCGGCCUGGCAGCCGCUUUCCCGUUACACGCCGCACUCCAAGCCCUGGCUCGGGCUCCCCGGAUCGGGGUGACCCCCUCAGUCGACUCCCAGGCUUUGGCCUACCCACCUCACCCACCACGCCGCACCACACCAUCCUCAAGUCGUCCAGCCUCAGCCUGCACCAUGAGCCCAAAGAGGUACGCUUCGUUAUGAGGAGCUCCAGCGCCCGGUCCCGCUCCCCCUCCCCGUCCCCUUGUCACUCCCCCGGGCUGGGCUCGCCCCUCCUGGCCCUCAGGCCAUUCCACCAGAAGCCCCUCCACCUGUGGAACAAGUACGACGUUGGAGACUGGCUGGAGAGCAUCAACCUGGGGGAGCACAGGGCUGGCUUUCAGGAGCAUGAGAUCGAGGGCUCGCACCUCCCGGCACUCACCAAGGACGACUUCGCUGAGCUGGGGGUGACGCGUGUGGGACACCGCAUGAACAUCGAACGAGCACUUAAACAACUGCUGGAGAGCUGACCCCUGCAAUGAGAGAGAGAGGGAGAUA